AUGGUGAACUGGGACGCCGAUAGCGCCACUCCCGGGGGACCGACAUCAGAAGAUGUGCUUUUGCGCUGGUUGCUUACCCCUGAGAAUCAGAAACGCUGGCAAUCCGAGUCUCACAAGAAGCUGUGCGAGGAAAUCGUUCGAGACCUUAGCACGCAUGGGAUCACUCGCAACGCGGAUGCUGUCGACCAUAAAAUCUCCCGCAUGAAGAACAAAUGCAAGGCUGUGGACAAAUGGCUCUCGAAGGCUGGACAAUAUGCUGCUUAUCACAGUGGCGCAGCCACUCAGAAGGUCAAGGACGGAGUCCGCCAGCGCUAUCCACACUACGACAACUUGGCACCACUGUUCGGAAUAGCGGACGGUGGACAACCUGGCACUCUGAAGCGAUCGGCGACCGACAGUGAAGAAAAAACGCCGCCCAAGAAACAGCGAGCCACGGACGAACCAAGUUAUCGGGUGCAAGAAAUAGUGGACUUUAGUUCAAGCCAACAACCUGACUUGUCCCCUCUUCCCUCGGACACAGCGUUUGUCCAUCAUACCGCACAAGGACACACCAGUAAUGUGCUUGAAAUGUUUUCGCGUAGAGCGAUUGGACUGUUUGAUACCCAAGAAGCCAAACACGUUUCGUUCAUGGGUAAAGAAGGGAAGCAGCGGCUUGUUGACUGCGAGAUCCAACGGCAGAAAGACCUGGCCAAAUGCCAAGUGGAAGGUGAACAGAAGCGAGAGGAAAUUCGAACCACGCGCGAGAAGCUCAUCUCGCGUCACGAGUGCUUGAGCGCAGGCGUCCCGAAAGAAAUCGUGGACAAGGCCAUGCCGCUUUGA